GAAUUCCAAAAGAUAUAACUGCCGAGAUACUAACAAAAUUAACUCAAAGUCCUAGUCAGCUUCCUGCGAGGAGUGAUCUUAAUGGUUUCCUUAACGAAAAACCUAAUAUGCAAAUACCGCUUAUUCCUGCCCAUUUUUCCAAAAUCAAUACUGGCGGUCUGGAAGGUUUAUCUGAAAAUGAACGAGAUAUAUAUUUUAUGCAAAGUGCAACAGAGGAAUGUACAGAACUCUAUUUAAGAUUAUUAUCACAGAUAAUUUAUCCUUCUUCAUAUGGAACAAAUGAAGACUCUUAUCAUGCUUUUUGGGAUGGUAUUAUUAAAAAUUCGUUAGAAAUGUUUGGAAAAUGUAAUUAUGGUUUGGGAUCAAUGAGAUUUGAUCGCAAUACUAACAAAAGAACCUCGACAGGUCGCAAUCGUCCAGACAUGGUUACAUUGGUGAAAAAUGUUUGUCCUUUUCGUGGGGAAGAAAAGUCGGCAGAUUCUACUGAGGAUCCUUCACAAGAAUUAACUAAGAAAUUCAAAGAAUGGACCUACGGCGAUUCUCCAUACCUCUUUGGUUACUAUGCUACUG